GUUUCAAACCCACAGAAUUAAGCACAUUGGAAACUUCCCACUCUCGUCGUCUUCUUCUUCGUCUCACCCACUCACUUCAUUCUCUCUAAAAUCUUCUGUGAUUCCUUCACUUUUCUCUCUCUCUCUCUCUAGAAAAAUGGGCAUCGUCGAUGACAGCAGUAAGACACUCUGGGGAAGCAUGACACAUGGACCUUCACGUUACGCCCUUAACGGCAAAAUCAUGCUCGCUUCCGUAAUUAUCCUCUUCUUCGCUGUCAUUCUAAUCCUCUGUUUCCACAGCUACGCCAGAUGGUUAUUCCGCCGUCAAAACCGCCGUAUUCGCCGCCGUAUCAGUGCUCAUCUCAGAUCUCUCUCCGCCGCUAGAGAUCCCACCCAAUCCUCCUCCUCCCUCUCUCCUCUCGAUCCGACUCUGCUCGAGAAAAUCCCGAUCUUCGUCUACUCCGUUAAAACCCAUAAGUCUCCACCGGAGGAGUGCUCCGUUUGCUUAUCGGAGUUUGAAGAAGAAGACGAAGGGCGUGUCCUUCCCAAAUGUGGCCACGUGUUCCAUGUUGAUUGUAUCGACACGUGGUUCCGGUCGAGAUCUAGUUGUCCGCUUUGUAGAGCUCCGGUUCAACCCGAAAUGCCAAUUGCCGAAACCGGUUCGAGGAUUUCAGAACCGGUUGCUCCCGUGUUUCCAUCGGCUAAACCAAUUGAAGAUUCCGAAGCCGGAAGUUCGUCUUCGUCGGACGAAUCCGAAUCAUCGACGCCGUCUUCUUCCUCUGGUUCGCCGUUGAGAUUUCCGACAGAAGCUUGUGAGAGAGAACCGAUUGAUCUAAUCGGUAUAAUUGUGGAGAUUCCCAGGGAAUUUGACGAUUAUAAUUCGGGUCUACCCGGAGGUAACGGGUCGAAUAAUCCUGCUUUGUUGAAGAGGCUAUGGAGUAAUAAUUGAAUCACUAUCCGGAUUUUGGAUACUGAAGAAUCCGAAACGGUAAUCGUGGAAACCGGGUGGGCAAGAUUCGGAUUCUGAAGAAUCGGAUAACGGACCCGGUAAUCUGGGGAAGGGGGGGAGAUUUGCAUUACUGGCAUGGGAUGAAGACACGUGUUCGGCUUUGACGAUCCACACGGCAAUUAGCCCCAGAUAAGAGACGGCGUCUGAGCAAAUAUGGACGGAAGUGAUUUAUAAAGUAACGGAGCUGCUCGAUCAAUGUAUGAUACGAGACGGUGUCGUUUAGGUAGAGAAGCAGUCGCUAAGCGAACCUUUCCCACCAAAACGAUUCUUUCUUCUUUUCUUCUUUAAUUGGUUGAUUUAAGAAUGUAAUUAAAAUAAUUCAAAUUAAUCAACGGUUCAACGAAGCCAUUUG